AUGGCGGGUUCCGGUCACAUGUGGCCUAACAGUCAAGAUGAUUAUGAGCUAUUGGAGGUUAUAGGAGUUGGCGCUACGGCCGUCGUACAUGCAGCAUUCUGCCGUCCUCGAAGUGAGAAGUGUGCUAUCAAAAGGAUCAACUUGGAGAAAUGGAACACUUCCAUGGAUGAACUUCUUAAAGAAAUCCAGGCAAUGUCCAGCUGUAAUCAUGAGAAUGUGGUAACCUAUUACACCAGCUUUGUAGUGAAGGAGGAGUUGUGGCUUGUCCUGAGACUGCUUGAAGGUGGAAGCUUGCUCGACAUCAUCAAGCAUAAGAUGAGAAUUUCAAACUGCAAACACGGAGUUUUUGAUGAAGCAACUAUAGCCACCGUACUAAAAGAAGUUUUGAAAGGCCUUGAAUAUUUUCACCAAAAUGGACAAAUUCAUAGAGACAUCAAGGCUGGUAACAUUCUCCUUGGAGAUGAUGGAAUUGUGCAAAUUGCUGAUUUUGGUGUUUCCGCUUGGCUGGCAACUGGACGCGAUCUAUCGCGGCAGAAGGUCCGCCACACGUUUGUCGGGACUCCGUGUUGGAUGGCGCCUGAAGUCAUGGAACAAAAUCAUGGAUAUGACUUUAAAGCUGAUAUUUGGUCCUUUGGAAUCACAGCUAUUGAAAUGGCCACCGGAACGGCUCCUUACCACAAGUAUCCUCCUAUGAAAGUAUUGAUGCUGACCUUACAGAACGAUCCGCCCACAUUAGACACGGGAGCGGAAGAAAAAGACCAAUACAAGGCUUACGGCAAAACUUUCAGAAAAAUGAUUUCUGAAUGUCUCCAAAAAGAUCCAACAAAGAGACCGUCAGCGACCGAGUUACUUAAGCAUUCAUUCUUCAAGAAAGCAAAAGAUCGUAAAUAUCUCGUGCAAACAUUGGUGUCGAUCGGACCGAGCAUGGAGACGAGAGUUCAUAAGGCUAGCAAGCGUCAACCGGGAACUUCGGGACGUUUACACAGAAUGGAAACUGGAGAAUGGGUGUGGGAGAGUGAUGAAGAGGAUGACGAUGAGGACGGAGAAGCAGCCGAUCGUCCGAUGAACCAAUUACUUAGAGCGGAUUCUUCCGACAGCGAAAGUGAUAGUGAGGGCCGCGCUGGCUUUACAAUUGGAUCCAUAGAAGCAGAGGAAGCACCACUUAUCAACCUCGUUUUAAGAAUGAGGAACUCGCGAAAGGAACUUAACGAUAUCCGCUUCGAGUUCGCUCCCGGAAAGGAUUCUGCCGACGGUAUCGCUACCGAGUUGGUUGGAGCCGGUCUCGUAGACGGACGCGAUUCGGCAACCAUCGCCCAGCAAUUGCAAAUCCUCGUCGACUCCCACAUUUUCCCCAGCGGAGCCCCGGCUCCUCGCACGUUAACUUUCCGCUUGGAAUCCGCGGACCCCGCAGAACCACUGGAUGAGAAAGGUCUCAUAGGCUAUGCGCAGUUAUCUAUCGUCGACUGAUUCUUUUCUACCUCCCUAAAGGACAAUAACUCGAGUAUUUAACUUUCCAUAGUGCGUUUAGCCACUGAGCACUUUUGCUAUUUACCUAUUGACGAAGCAUGAGAGCACAAAUGGUAACCGAUACUAAGUCGCGAGUCGUUGGCUUCCAAAUUAUCUUAAUCACUGUUGUAUCACGUAUUAGCUAUAUAGCGCAUCGCUGAGACUCUUAUUCUUCAAGUACAGAUCCAAGGGAAAAGGCUCCAAUAGAAUAUUUUCUUAGUAUUCUUAGUAUCAUUAGAAGAAAACCAUAAUAGAAGCAUAUCUGUAAACAACCCGUGUCUAGUAAAAUUGUGGUUUAGUAUCAAUUUCUAAGAAAUGUAAUGUUUUUCAAUUAUAUAAUUUAUAUAUUUGAGUUAUGAGAAGUCUCAGGGACUCACUGUAUAUAAGGGUGCAACGUCGCGCGCCAUUUUAGUCUGUAGUUUAAUAAUUAUAAGCACUAUAUUACUUUACGCUGUGUAAGUACCUACGUAUUUAUGGGUGAAUAUGGAUUCUUAGUUUUAUCAUUUAUAGCUCAAGUGGAUGCGAUUAUUAUAGGAAUAAAUAUGAAUUUAUAUAAUAUUCUGUCGUGUUAAUUUCGCUCUUCUGUAUAUGAAACACUGUAAUUGAUUUUAUCGCUCAAGAUACGCAAUUAUCUAGAGUAAUAUAAGUUUGAUACUUAUUUGACAUGAAUUUAUUAUUUAACAAAUUAAUCAAAUAACUUAAACGCUUUAAAUUUAAAGGUAAGGCUCGGGUUACCAGCUUAUGUAAUGGGGUUCUCUUAUUUAUUUGAUGAUUAAGAAUUUUGUAACAAAUACAUAUCCAAAUGUCAAGUUAAAAACGUAAGCUAAAAUAGUUUUAUGCAAAAUUAACAUUUCAGAUUGAUUACAAAGAAUUUCAAUAAAUUAAUAAUACAUAUUUUUCAUACUGGCAACAUCAAAUAUUACACGUAGAUAUUUUAUUUAUCUGACAAUAACCCCUGGAAGUGCCAUAUUUAGAAAUUCUAAAUAUGUAUAUUUGGUGCCUAAUUUGAUUAAUAUUUUUGUAUGAAUAAAUUAUCAUUGCAGUGUUUAAACGCAAAUCCACUAAAUAUGUUUUUUAUGUUGUUAAUGUAUUUGUUUGUUGCUUAUUUUGGAAUUAUUUUUUAAAUAAUAAAACAUGAAACAGA